UGCCGGCGCGCCCCGCCCUUCCUCUUCCUCUGCCGCCACCGCCCCGAGCUAAGCUCUCAAGAUGGUGCGCUACUCCCUGGAUCCGGAGAACCCCACGAAAUCAUGCAAGUCGCGAGGAUCUAACCUGCGUGUGCACUUCAAGAACACCCGCGAGACCGCGCAGGCCAUCAAGGGCAUGCACAUCCGCAAGGCCACCAAGUACCUGAAGGACGUCACCCUGAAGAAGCAGUGUGUCCCCUUCCGGCGCUACAACGGCGGCGUCGGGAGAUGCGCCCAGGCCAAGCAGUGGGGCUGGACGCAGGGCCGGUGGCCCAAGAAGAGCGCGGAGUUCUUGCUGCACAUGCUGAAGAAUGCAGAGAGCAACGCUGAGCUCAAGGGUCUCGAUGUGGAUUCCCUGGUCAUCGAGCACAUCCAGGUGAACAAGGCUCCCAAGAUGCGCCGGCGCACGUACCGGGCGCACGGCAGGAUCAACCCCUACAUGAGCUCCCCCUGCCACAUCGAGAUGAUCCUCACAGAGAAGGAGCAGAUCGUGCCCAAGCCAGAGGAGGAAGUCGCCCAGAAGAAAAAGAUCUCCCAGAAGAAGCUGAAGAAGCAAAAGCUAAUGGCUCGGGAGUAAAUCUGCAUGGACAGAUGUACAUAAAUAAAGUUUUAAAAUUUGGAUUGA